AUGAUUCGCACACCAACGUAUAUAUCCUUAUCCGAUCCCAACCCUUGGUUGCUCCAUCAAAAUCCAACCUUCUUUUUUGGGAAGCGAUUGCUUCCGCGUAGCAGUUCUCCGUGUAUGGAUUCCGACGACGUCGUCGAGAUUCCGCCUCCGAUUCAUCGGACUCCGAAGUUGCAAAAAAAACAAAGAGGGUGGGUGUUGGUGGUGGGGAAGAUUAUAAUGAGGGCAUUAAACUUCCAUGCAACAUAUGUGGUUAUUCUGCAAGAUGUGAUUGAAAUUGACAAAGAUGAUGAUUCUGUUGCUGCAAUGCUUAUUGAUGAGAGAGUUGAUAGAAGUGUUAAAGGGAAGGGAAUACAAAACUCUUCUGAUGCUUACCAUGAUCAUCAAGCUAAGUAUUUUCAGGAACCUAUGGUCAAUAAUUUAUUUGGCCCUUCUGGUAUCGAAUUCCUUGGAUCAGGGAACGGGAUUGAAGCUACAAAGAGUUUUGCCCCAGCUAACUUAAUCAAUUUAGAUGGUCCCAUUUCUGAUGUAUCAUAUGACGAUGAUGACUACACUGAUUAUUAUCUUGAUGAGUUUAUGGAUGUUGACGAGUAUGCCCUAUUGCAAGCGCAUUUUGAUAAUGCGGAUAUUCCCCCUGGAAUAGAGGCACCUGUCCCUUGGUUUUCGGAUCCUCCUAAUAGUAAAGUAAAUUCAGUUUCUGGAAGUAGUUCUGUCAAUCAGAGUGGCCAAAUUCAACCAGAUGCUGUUGGUCUUCAAGAGAACAACUCACCUCUGUCUCCUUGGUCACUGAAGACCCAAAUUGACAAUAUUCCUCACCCACCUCUAUCACCACCCUGGAAACUACCAAAAGCUGCCAGAAGUAAAAAGAAACAACCUGCUUUGCAACACCAAGGGAGUGCUCCUAAUCUCCCAGUUGGAGUAGAAUCAUCAAAAUCUCAAUGGCUUUUAGGACCUUUCCAGCGUAAAAAGAAGCCAUCUUCUUCAAGUAGUUCAACAAAUUAUAAUUCUGCAAAUCAAUUUGAUGCAAUGAAGCUCGCUUCUGGAUCUGAGGCAUCUUCUAUGGCAUAUUUUCGUGAAGUUUUAAAGAAAAAAGCUUCAAGUACUUCUUAUAAUCCUCCUCCAGUACCACCACCCAUUCCUUGGUGGCCGGAUCCUUUUUCCAAAUCCAAUACUAUGCCAUCUAAUUCAAGUUUUUAUGAUCCAUUGGGUUCGAUAUAUCCUCCUGGAGAAGUAGCAGGUGUUCCUUGGGUUUUUAAUCCCAAAACUCAAAAUAAUGUUGUUCCAGUAGGUGUUUCAACAACCCCCACGAGGAAACUUUCUAGCAUGGACAUAGAUGAAUUUAUAGGGAAGUUUAAGGGUUUCAAACAAUUUGAUACAAUUGAAGAUCAUUCAGACCAUCACUAUACUAGCCGUGGUUCUUCAACAAAGCAGCCACCAAAGAAUUGGGCAAAGAGAAUUCAGGAAGAGUGGAAGGAUCCUGGAAAAGGAUUUGCCUGGAACUUUGGUGCACUUGCAUUUUUAAUCUGCCUAAAUACCAUAUUUGUUAGAGUUUAUGAGACAAGAAUGGAUCUUUUGAGAGCUGUUAUUGUUGGGGCAGAGGGUACUCCCUACCAUGAUGGUCUUUUCUUCUUUGAUGUUUUCUUCCCCAGUGGCUAUCCCAAUGCACCACCGAAUGUCUACUACCACUCUGGUGGCCUUCGAUUAAAUCCAAAUUUGUACAAUUGUGGAAAAGUAUGCCUCAGCCUUCUUAACACCUGGAGUGGGAACAAAAAUGAGAAGUGGCUUCCAGGUGUGUCCACCAUGCUACAAGUUUUGGUCUCUAUACAAGGACUGAUCUUGAAUACAAAGCCCUACUUUAAUGAGCCUGGAUAUGCACGUAUGAAUGGUUCAGCAGCUGGUGAAAAGAGGUCCCUUGAGUACAAUGAGGAUACAUUCAUCCUAUCUUUAAGGACAAUGGUGUACAUCAUGAGGAGGCCUCCAAAGAAUUUUGAGGAUUUUGUUCUGGGGCAUUUCUAUAGUCGUGCUCGUGACAUUCUGGUGGCUUGCAAAGCAUACAUGGAUGGUGCUCAAGUGGGGUGUCUGGUCAAAGGUGGAGUUCAAGACGUUGAUGAGGGUGACAAGAGUUGCUCACAGAAGUUCAAGGAUUCUUUAGCCGGGUAUGUACCUAUGCUUGUCACAGAGUUUACAAGAAUCGGGGCCAAGGACUGUGAGAAAUUCUUACCACCAGCAAUAGUUGGGAACAAUCAGAUUGCUAGUAUGCCUCAGGCUGCAACGUCAAUGGAUGCCAGUAUGGAUGGGAUUGCUUAG